CAGAGUGUAGAUUGUAGUGACUAGCGGGAAGAUCUUGGGGGAUCAGGCAGGUGGUGAGCAGCGUGCAGCCUGCUGACCACUGCUGUCGAGCCCCCGAUGCCGUGACUAGCCGCUGCGAUGAGUCAGUAGCCCGUCAGCGGCCGCCAGUGUGGGCUGACUCGGACACCACUAUUGAUUACGUGUUGGUGGAGCAGCCGAGCUGGCCCGGCAUGGCGGACACCGCCGCGCUCCACCGUAUUUCUCCCUCCAUGACCUCUUCCUUAGCACACCUGGAGGCCUAUGUGGACCCCUAUAGGCUCUGAGACGCGGUCGUCACGCCCACGCCCGCAGGAAGCACAAUGGGCGCCUGCAUAGCCCGCUGCUGGCCCCUGAUCGCCGAUCCCAGAUACCAACCUGUGAGAAGCCGCUACCUCAGACACGACGAGACUGUACAGGUCAUUCUUCUCAGCUUCUCAACAAGACUUAUACCGAAUCACUGUAUAUUCUCUUGAUGCGGAUCAUGUUGUGUCAAGCGAGGCUCCAUUCUGGUGCUAUGUCCUCUAUGGCAGGUCAUACAAACUUCAUAGUCAAGGUCCUGAAAGAUAUUUUCUGAAGUACCUGAAUGCCAGUCUCAAGUUUGCCGUGGAUGGUCGACUCAUGGUCGCCUCUGAUGAUAUGCUUAAUGACGCAGCCACGACGCUCACCCCUCAGCCUCUCUGCAAGCUCUGAUGAAUCUCUGUGCAUGAGCGAGGAUCUGUUGCCUGGUGGUGAUCCUGCAGGAGUUCAGCACCAGCAACUGUGUGAGGAGGACGUGCCUCUGCUGUCACUCACACCGCCCGGGGUGACUCUGUCAUCAGGGUACACCUUUAGCCCUCUUCUCUUCCCACCCAGUGAUCCUCCACCCCUGCUGGCAGGGUCACCACCUCAACUGGCAGAGCCAUCACCUAGCCCACCUCAGCUGACAGGGUCACUACCUGUCCCACAGCUGAAAGGGUCACCACCUAUCCCACCUCAGAUAACAGGGUCAUCAUCUAGCCUGCCUCUGUUAACAGCGCUACUGCCUAAUCUACCUCUGCUGACAGGGUCAUCACCUAGCCCGCCUCUGCUGACAGGGUCAUCACCUAGCCCGCCUCUGCUGACAGGGUCAUCACCUAGCCCUCCUCUGCUGACAGGGUCAUCACCUAGCCCGCCUCUGCUGACAGGGUCAUCACCUAGUCCAAAUCUCCAAACAAGUUCACGAUCUAGCACGCCCCUACCGGCAGACUCAGCACCUAACACUCCUUUGCCAGCUUCACCGCCUCACUCACCCCUCCUGGUAGGGCUGCCACCCUGCCAAGCACAGUACUACAACCUCACACCCCAGGCGGACGAUGAGGUAGAGCUAACACCUCACCUGGAGCAGCAAGACACCAGUGACCCGCCAACCAUCCACCCCUCCGUCAGAGUGGCGCCAGUGAGCAGCGAGGAGCUCCGGUGGUGGGGUGUUCACGGAGUGCCUGGCUCCCUGCCCUCCCUCACUGAGCCUGACUCUCCCCCAACCAACUCUCUGGACCUCGAGUGGGAACCAGAAGCUGGUCUGGCGCGGGAGAGCCGAGAUUCCCUCGGGGAGGAGGAAGCAUCACAGACAGCUGAAUCAAGUAGCUGGGUGCCCCGGUCCUGCUCCUCCACUCCAAACAGCCUCGAGUGGGAUUUCCGCGCCUCUACCUUGAGCUUGAGGGGCGGCAUGGAUGACGAGACUUGGCAUCACACUGACAUGGAGACGGAACAGCUGCUGCAGGAGAUUGAACAAUUGGCGGCCCGCGCCCUGGCUGACACCGGCCAUGGGCUCCAGCCUCCACCCAGAUAGGAGCAGCUGGAUAGUCCACCUGCAUUGGUGACUCGGGAAGCACAUAUACCAAAAUCUUGAAUAAAUUUUGAGUCUUACUUUUAAAAUGUGGUGAAAGUGUGACUCCCAAUGACCAAUUAAUAAGAGACUGUACACGCUGCCUUGCGAGCAAAUAAACCAACAUUUGAGGCCUUCUUUGAACGAUAAAUGAAUAAUAAUAAUGUCAGUUAUGCGAUUUAGGCAAGUUUUAUAUUACUUUGAACACAUUGCUUGCUGCAAAGAACUGAACAUGCAGCAAGAGCUUGACCAGGUUUAUCUUCAUGAGUACUGUACUAACCGGUUCUAGAAUCUAUGACAGCAAUGUGCAACGCACUUUGAAUGUAUUGCUAAAUGAUUUAUAAUACAGUAAAUAGGAACUCAUUGUGCUGUAGCAGCUCAGUGGAUGAAUUGUAAUCUUCCUGGUCGGACGUAACCUUACCCUAAGAAAGUCUAACACAAAAUACUGACUCAUCACAGUUCCCUCGAUUAAACAUAUCUUUCACCACAAUUAUUGGUGAGCCGCCUCCCCCACUGGGUAAGUCCUGCCUGCUCGUACCAGCGAGCAUGCUGCCCCAGUGAGUCAACAUGGGCGGUGCUGCACCCCAUCAGGGAGAAGUUAAUAUCUUUGUAGAGUAAUUUGUCUUGUACUGCAUUGUAUCUCUAAGACUUAAUCAUACCUAUUAUUUUGAUUGAAUUUAAUGAUAAUUUCCCUAGAACUACGAAAUGGUUGCGAGUAAACGUUAGCAGUGAAGAUCAAAUUGUCUUGGAUUAUGUAUGUGGGAAUUAUACCAAUUCAGUGUUAGUAAGAUGUUCAGACCACUGUCCUACUGGGUUUCGAGCUUGUCUCAUGAUUGCUCAACUUUUACAUACUACUAAGGAUACAUAUCGUGUACUUGCAGCAUGUGACAUCUACAAAAAAUUGGGAUUCCCCAAUUAAAAUGCAUUACUAACAGACAAUGACUAAUCGAUGUGUGCCUCUCACGCCUAUUCACAAACUGCGCUUCCUAUACUACUGUGGUAAGAUCUGGGGUAAUAUAUACGCGAGAUACAACUUAAUCCACAGGCAGAUCUAUCAUCUUUUAACAACUGUUGCAGACGUGAAGUCAUUUUAUAAAAUAUCAGCUUUCCCAUUAGCUCCACAAUUGGCCAUAGUUUCUGGAAACAUCAGGUGACCAAACUAGAAUUAUUACCUGGCAUACUCCCCAUAUUCUAGUGAUCCGGGUCAAUUUUAGGAAAUUAGGUCAAGGGGCGAGGGCGUGCAUUGUACCAAUGCUCUCUUUUAUUAUUGGCUGAUGUGAAGAUAGCAACGUUGUUAGCAUAUUGUUAGCAUAUUGUUCCACUUGGCUAUUGUAUAAUCGUGAUGUGUACAACAUUGAUAUGUCUGUGCUCUUUAUUCACUUUGCUUGUCAGGAAAGUUACUUAUGACAUUUCUGGAUUUAGAGUUUUUCAAAUAAAAUUACUAUAAAAAUAGCGGUAGCCUAAGAGUUGUGUUUGCAGCCUUUUGCAAUUCUGCAAACAUGAGUACAAUAUAUGUUGUAUUAUUAUGAUACAUUUAAGCGGUUUUUAUUGGAAUAAUUGUUAUUUUAUGACCUUAAGUUUUAAGAAGUCGGGUCCUAUUCAAAACAUUUUUAAUGAGGGAUAAAUUAUAGUCUUACAUCAGAUUUGUGGAACAUAGUUUACAUUUGAUUAUCAAAAAAAGUUUUGAUCUUUACUUCCAGUGUUUGUGUUGCACAGAUUAGUAUAGUGUCAACAGUGUCAUGGUUGUGAAUUAUUAAUGAGCAGCAGAGGCCUAAUAUUCUCAAGGAUAAUGAUAAUGCCCAGUAAAUACUUUGUAGCCACAAGGAGGAUCCUCGGCCUCUGUGUACUUCAGAGUCUGUGUGUUUGCUGCAUCAGUUCCCUCAGCAUCGACACCAUGCCUAAUCCUUCUAGGGUAGGGUAGGUGCCUGAGCCCGAGCCUUUAGCUCAUAAGACUGUCAUUCCCAUUAGCCUCCUUGUGGCGGGGAUGGCAGACCAGAGAGGCCUAGCUUGUGGCUAGGCCUGGGGACAGUUGGUCCCAAAGAUGAGGAGGUACUUGUGCCUCCUCCCAUGGGAGACUUAGGUCUCAGACACUCCCUAAAGAGGGAGCCAAGGCCGGGCCACCACUUGGAAAAGGCCCGGGCCGGGAGAAUACCGGCUAAUCUUUAAUAAUAAUAAUAAUAAGUUCCCUCAGGCUAAGGAAAAACAAAAUGCAUCUAUCUGAAACUCGGGGCCGCAGUACUGAUCAGUGAGAAGUAAAGCCAUCUUUAGGUUGUAUCCACUUCUCGGGAAAUAAAUCAAAAUCCAAAAUCAAUAAUUUAUUGUUUGUCAGCUAGUUUGAGAGCUGUCGCCAAGUGAUUUACACCGAAUUGAUCAGCAGGUCAGUAACUGUAUAGAGAACAGUGGCGUCCGAGUCUCGGAAGUUUUUUGAAUCUUAUGCAGGAAAAUGACCUGGAAACUAAGUACGGUCCGGGAAGGUCUGGUUUUGGAGGCCCGGAAACUUUCCUAUACCUGCGGUAAAUCAUAUAUACAUCGAUAAAAUUAGACAUUACGUCGGGUAGAGGACUCUGGCCCAGUGAAUCAUUGUGGGUGAAGCACAAGCAACCUGUAGAUUAGCUGCUUCUUUGGAGAAAGCCUUAUACAGUUGGUGCUACCUUUGUCCUCGUUAUUUUGGCUAGUGCUUACAGACACUUGUGAUUUUAUAAUCUUAUAGUGUAUAACUAUGGGGGAGAAAUUUGUGAUCAUCCCAUGUACAGUUUGUGUAUAAAAACCCGUUUUGUAUAAAGCUACAAGAUCCUGAUCACAUCUUUUCUUCCCAUUUGUAAAGAGAUGUACGUAUUUUGAAAGUUAAUAAAAUAAACAGGCUGUG